AGCUUAUUAUUCAUCAUACAUUGUCCCCACACCAUAAUGCACAAUUACGUCCAGCCUAGUGUCUACUAGUGACUUUCCCCACUACCUAGCAUAUAAAAAGAAAGCCUAUCUUCGCUGUUCUGUGAGAAUCUCCAUGAGCUAGCAAUUAUUCCUCCUCCAAACUUGCUCUCCAAAAGAAACAUGGCCACCCAUCCUGCAAUUCAAAUGACCGGCGUCAAGCAGCCGUUGAAGUUGGUUCAAGUCCCGACCCCAAAGCCCCAGCGAAACGAAGUCCAGGUCCGAAUAGAAUGGGUACCCUCCGCACCCUUGGACGUGUACCAAGUGGAGGCUGGCUUAAUGGUUCAGUUCCCUCAAGGUCUCGGUGACAGCGGCGCUGGUACCGUGGUGGCAGUUGGGCCCGGCGUCGAGCGCCUUUGUGUUGGUGAUCAGGUCUUUGGGUUCUUUUUUCACAACGAAAAGGAAAAGGGCCAACAGAUCUAUGUAACCGCGCCAGAACACUUAUUUGGAAAGGUUCCCCCUCGUAUGCCACUCGCCGCUGCGGCUACGGUACCGACGAAUUUCUGUACCGCAUUUCUGACUCUCUCUGACAAGCUUAAACUGGAGCUGCCUUGGCCACGUCCCGCCAGCUUCUCUCCUCAGGACCAACACGUACCAAUUAUUGUCUGGGGUGCAGGGAGCUCUGUUGGCCAAUUCGCAGUCCAGAUCCUCAAAUACUGGGGCUACACGAACGUCAUUGCAACGGCAUCUCCCAAGCACCACACAAAGAUCAAGGGCUACGGUGCUAAACAUGUCAUCGAUUAUCAUGACCCAAAUGCUGCUGAUAUAAUCCACCAGAUACUUCACACAGAAAGCCCCGGCCUCUCUAUCCGCGCUUUUGAUUGUGUGUCCUCAAAGUCCGGGUCUCUGCAGCACCUCGCCGAAAUCGUAACUCGGCCGGGCUCGACGGUAGCUGCUGUUCUUCCUGUGGUUAUCCGCUCUCCUUCACACAAAGAAGGCGUGCAUCUUUCGGCUGACGUGGUCGCGGAAGCACCCUGGGUGCCGGGUGUAAAUAUCCAUGGUGUUAUAAGCUAUGCGUUUGAAGCGGAUACUUUCCUAAAGGAUCAUCUGUUGCCGGAAAUUGUUCCCGCGCUGCUCAAGCUAGGUGCUGUUGAGCCGAAUAAGUAUCGUGAAGUUCAAGGCGACUCGCUUUUGCAGAGAGCUUCCACGGCUCUGGAUAUCCUACGAAGUGGCACUGUCAGUGGAGAGAGGCUCGUUUGGAAGGUUUGGACCCAGGAGGAAUACCCGCAGUAUAAAUAACCUGUCUUGAUGGGGUUGUUAUGUGUGCAGGGUUCUUGAAUAUACUAGAGAGCUAAGAUGGCGGUGUUGAACCAACUGCGAAACUUGCUGGACAAAAUCGUUUCCAUGUGUACAUACAAAUCAUCGCGAUUGCAUACGUGAAGGUAACGGCCACUGGCUAAUGUCAGAUAAGGAUAGCAGAGACAAGAUGCACAAGGCAAUGGAACACAUAAAUAUACCACUCUAUUCUACUACUUGACAAAUUAACCAAACACACAGCCCGCACCC